AUGACCGAUAUUUCUGGACUACCUCCGGAUGCUCUUGAUGGGCGAGGAAUCACAUCCCACAUUGCCUCCCAGUACCAUCAAGGCAUUCCUUUCUCCACUGUGUCAACCAGAGCUCUUGUGGCAGUAAACACGUUUACUCCGCUUGAUGUGAACCAGGAUCAAGUUUUCCGUCAGUUUGCUGCUCAGAUUUGCAACCGUAUGGAGUUGCGUGGCGAGUCCCAGGUGGUAUGUUUCUUGGGUGAGCACGGAACAGGCAAAAGUGAGUUUGCUAGUGCAAUCACAAGACACAUCCUCACGUUAGCGGGGAACCCUCUGAGCAGCCGUAUUCGUAAGGUGCAGCCGAUUUUAGAGGCCUUUUCGACGGUCAAAAACUCCAGCUCCACUUUUGCGUCGAAAAUGGGCCUCAAUCAAGAAUUGCAGUAUGACAAGGACUCGAACCUCAUUGGGUGUACUUUGAUGGAUUUCCGUCUAGAGCGGAGUCGGGUCACUAAAAUUCCUACAAAUGAGCGCAACUACCACGUCUUUUACUAUAUGGUCAAUGGACUUACUGACGAAGAACGUUACCACCUUCAACUGACCGAUGUCGCAAACAACCGCUUUAGGUAUCUUGGCCACCCGUCUCAACUACGGCAGGCGGGCAUCGACGACCGGAUUAAACUCAAGCAGCUCAAAAGCAGUCUUUAUUCGUUAGGAUUUUCUCGGUCUGAUGUUGCAAAUAUCUUUCAGAUUCUCGCGGCCAUCCUGCACUUGGGCCAGGUCCAAUUCAGAAUGGCCAAUAUGGACUAUUCCGUUGCUCAGGGCACUGCAGUAGAAGUUGGCAACCCAGAUAUUGUCGAAGUGGUAGCAACUUUCUUGGGCGUAGACCCCGAUGUAUUGACUCAGUGUCUUGUUACCAAGACGGUGACAAUCAAUAAAGACCGAGUCACAAUUGUCCUCGACCAACGAGGUGCCCGUGAAAACUGUGACGAAAUUGCGAGAACAUUGUACACUUUGCUUGUUUCGUGGAUCUUUGAGCAUAUCAAUAGAGAGCUUUCGCGCAAUGCUCCUGGGGCAAGUGCUGCAGAUUACGAUCCCAUCAUUCAAAGUACCAUUUCGAUUGUUGACUUCCCUGGAUUUAACACUGCUUCUACUCCGGCCCUGGACUGUUUACUCCAUAACACUGCCAAUGAAAUGUUGUACCAUUAUAUGAUGUAUAACUAUUUCACAAAGUCGGACGAUGUUCUGGGGCGUGAGGAUGUUGAGGUAUCGUCGACUGAGUAUUUCGAUAACACUGAAACUGUUCGUACUCUUGUGCGCCCUAGCUUGGGCUUACUUUCGGUCAUCAAUGACUAUGCUCAGCGGGACAAGGAAGACGUUCAACUCAUGGACAGUAUCUCAAAGAGAUUUAAAGAUUCUCGUACUGUUAUGCCUUAUGCAGACACAAAUUCAUUUGUUGUGAAUCACUUUGAUGGCGAGGUCGAGUAUUCUGUUAAAGGACUCCUUGACGACGCAAAGGAGGCUAUUUCUGCUGCUAUUAUAAAUCUGAUCAACUCCAGCACCUCUUCUGGUUUCCUCAAAGAUGUUUUCGAGCAAACUGCAGUUAUCACAGACACAUUUGGUGAGUCCCACGAAGUUGUUGGUGCCACGCUGUCCUCUGAACCUCGUCGUCAACCAUCUCUUAUCAAUCGCGAUGGCAUUGGCCGCCAAAGAAGUCAAAGGUAUUCUGCUGCUGAAGAACAGCGCAGACAAGCAACAUUUAAAGGUACCCGCAACGCACGCAUUGACGCUAAGAAACAAAAGGGAUCUGCAGCCCAGUUUGUGUUGGCCCUUGAUAAUAUGCUCGAGACAUUCGAGGACCACAACGCUUACUUUGUCCUUUGCAUAAAGCCGAACGACCAUAGAUUGUCCAACUCGUUUGAUGCUCGAGCAGUUCGUCAGCAGGUAACUGGCCUUGGCAUUCCAGACAUUGCCAAGCGUACCAAAUUUACGGAUCUUUCUCUCUUCAGCCCCUUUCAUGAGUAUCUUGAGCUUGCUAGGAUGAACAAUCUAACUGCAUUCGAUACCCCACAAGUUGGUGAGUCAGAGCGUGUUCAAGCUAUUAAACUAAUACAGAGAUCAGGUUGGAGUGAAAGAGAUAUCCAGGCCGGUACCACAGGUGUUUUCCUUAGUGAAGGUGCAUGGCUUGCCCUUGUGGACCCCACAAACUCAUUUGCUGAGCGUGCUGCCAAAAAGUUCGCCAACGAUCCAGAAGAUCAAUUCAAAGAAGCAUACAUGUAUGAUGAUCUCGAAACUCGUUCUAUGGCUGGUGGCUUUUCCAACAUGUUCAAGUUCGCAGGCAGUAGCGCUCUUCUUGAGGACAAUGGUGAGGCACUUGAUGAGGCCGAAGAUUUCACCGCUCCACAAACGACAUCUCCGUCUCGCCGCCUUUGGAUGACGAUUGUUUGGCUUUACACUUUUUGGGUCCCCGAGUUUUUCAUCAAGCUUCUGGGAGGUAUGAAGUUCAAGAGUGUCCGUAUCGCAUGGCGCGAGAAGUUCACUAUCAAUUUGAUCAUUUGGGGAAUGUGUGCAGGCUGUGUGCUUUUCUUGAUUGGAUUCCCGUUCUUGAUUUGCCCGCUGCAGAAUGUUAUGAGCGCUGGAGAAUUAGCGGGCUAUUCUUAUCAGAGUAACACCAAGCAUGUUUAUACUGCCAUUCGCGGUACUAUUUACGAUAUCACGCACUUUGCUUCCGCGCACUAUCCUUCAAUUGUUCCCACUGGUGACAUUCUUAAUUAUGGUGGCAAGAUCUCUAGUGAUCUUUUCCCGAUGCAAAUUUCGGCUGUUUGUGGCGGUGUCAAUGGCACCAUGUCAGAAUUCAUUGUCAUGGGUGAUCCAAACAAUUACACUGAUGUGAAUGCGCAAUACCAUGACUUCCGAUCGUUUACGAAUGAUUCACGGCCUGACUGGUAUCUUGAGAAGAUGGAGUUUUUCAACAAGAAUUUGUUGAAGAGCUACAUUGGCUAUACGCCUGAGGAUGUCAAGAAGAUGGCAGAAAAUCAGAAGAAGUCUGUUGCUAGUCUGAAUGGCUUUGUGUAUGAUUUCACCGACUACAUUAGCGGUAAUGUUUACACAAAGGCUCCGGCUGGGUAUGUGCCACCGCCCAAUAUUAACAAAGAUUUCAUGCAAGAGGACCUCGUCAAUCUGUUUCUAAAUUUUGCUGGUCAAGAUGUGUCUGGCAAGUACCGCGACCUUGAUAUCGACGACCAAGUUCGCGACAAUAUGAAUCGCUGCAUGCACAACGUGUUCAUGAUUGGCAAACUUGAUACUCGUGGCUCGGCAAAAUGUAUGUUUGCCCGAUACUUUUUGCUCGCAAUUACUUGUUUCGUCGUAGCAAUCAUCUUGAUCAAAUUCUUGGCAGCUUUGCAAUUUGGAAGCUACGAGUAUCCGGAUGACCUUGACAGAUUCAUCAUUUGCCAGGUUCCCGUUUAUACAGAAGAUGAGAAGUCUCUUCGCCGUGCAAUUGACUCGCUUGCCCGAACGAAGUAUGAUGAUAAGCGAAAGAUUCUGGUGAUUGUCUGUGAUGGUAACAUUCGUGGUGCCGGCAAUGACAAGACUACACCCGAACUCGUCCUGGAUAUUCUCGGUGGCUCUGAAGGUCAGGACCCGCCUGCUCUUUCUUUGGAGGGCCUAGGUGAUGGUGAUCAACAGUACAACAUGGGUAAGAUUUACUAUGGUGUUUACGAAGUCGGUGGCCAUCUUGUUCCCUAUCUUGUCCUCGUCAAAGUUGGCAAGCCUAAUGAGCUGCGACCUGGCAAUCGUGGUAAGCGUGACUCUCAGAUGAUUCUGAUGCGCUUCCUCAAUCGUGUCCACCACAACACUCCUAUGAGUCCUUUCGAAUUGGAGCUUUAUCGCCACUUUGAGUACACUGUUGGUGUGAACCCGGCAUACUAUGAAUAUAUUAUGCAAGUCGAUGCCGAUACCAUUGUUUCACCAGAGUCGCUUUCUCAACUUGUUGGCAAAAUGGUGAGAGAUAACCGCAUUCAGGCCGUUUGUGGUGAGACCGCGUUGAGCAAUGCUCGUCACUCGCUGGUGACGAUGAUUCAAGUUUACGAAUACUACAUUUCGCACAAUCUUGCCAAAGCUUUCGAGUCUCUCUUUGGAUCAGUUACGUGUCUACCCGGUUGUUUUUCCUUGUAUCGCAUUUAUGAGCAGCGUACUUCAAAGCCCAUUUUUGUGAGCAACCCUAUUGUCGACAACUACGCGGAAAACAACGUCCGCACCCUGCAUACCAAAAAUCUGCUGCAUCUUGGUGAGGAUCGUUACUUGACUACACUUUUGCUCAAGUACAAUCCGCAGUACAGCACCAAAUUCUUGCGACAUGCUCAAGCCUGGACCAUUGCGCCGGAUACAUGGUCAGUUUUCUUGUCUCAGCGACGUCGUUGGAUCAACUCAACUGUACAUAACCUGGUUGAGCUGGUUCCGAUGUCUCAGCUUUGUGGUUUCUGUUUCUUCUCGAUGCGGUUUAUUGUCUUGAUCGAUCUAUUCAGUACUUUGAUUCAGCCUGUCACAUGUGCAUACCUCGCGUACCUCAUCUACUUGUGCAGCUCACGCUCUGAUGAUGUUCCGUGGACCUCUAUUGCCAUGCUGUGCGGUAUCUAUGGUCUACAAGCCAUCAUUUUUGUGCUUCGCCGUAAAUGGGAGAUGGUGGGUUGGAUGUUCGUAUACCUUCUUGCGAUUCCAAUCUUCUCUCUUGCCUUGCCUCUUUAUGCCUUCUGGUACAUGGACGACUUCUCGUGGGGUUCCACUCGUGUUGUUGUUGAUGAAAAGGGCCAAAUGGCUGUUAUUUCUGAAGAGGGUGCUGAAGCGUCUGAGCAUGUUCCUCUCAGGCUGUGGGCAGACUACAAGUCUGAGCUCGAGCGUCGUGAAAUGGAUGAGAAGGUUGUCGACUCUGAUGCAGUCAGCUACUAUCCAGCCACUCUCAAUCGGUCAGCCUCUGGUGUAUCGCUCGAUUCAUACCGUACUCGCGCAAGUAUGCUUGCCACUGAGGACUAUGAUCAAACCAACUUUGCCAAUCAACCAACUGAUGCAGAUCUCACUGCAGCCAUUAGAGAUAUUCUGGCCACUGCAGAUCUUACCAAGGUUACCAAGCGUACUGUGAGAGCCCAACUUGAACGACAGUUCAACUGCAAGCUGAACAUGCGCAAAGAGUACAUUUCACGGGCCACGGAGGCGCUGUUGUCUGGUGAGCUAUGA